UGAGCCGCUUAAAGCCUCAGAAACUCCGCAGCGCUCAGAAGCGGCACAGCCGGGCCGCUUUAAAACUGCAAACCUAAGGAUUUACACACGUUUCUGGACAGUUAAACGCGUUUUAACCGCUUUUCUUCUCACUUUGGGAAUAACAAGCAACAGUUAGAGAGGCAGCCGAGGAGUGCAGACAGCAGGCUCGCUCAUCCAUGGCAUCACAGCAGCAGCAGCAGUGCAAAGGCUAGCGGCUAGCUGCCCACCAAGCCCGGUGCCAGAGACUGAUUCUAGGCAGAGGGAGCCAGGUAAUGACCCUCAGUCCUUCCAUCAGACAGCCUCCACGCAUUGAGCCGGAUCAUGCUUUAGCUCCCUGACAGUCAGUCAAAAUGAUGGCCUCGGUGGUAAUCGGGGGACAUCGGAAGAAGUCCCUCACGUUGAGAGGUGUGGACCCAGAGACCUGCAUGAUCGUGUUUAAGAACCACUGGGCACAGGUGGUGAAGAUCCUGGAGAAACACGAGCCGAGUCGCAGCGGCACCAACGCGCUGAGUUUCCUCACAGGUCAUGGCAGCAGCAGCUCCGGAGCGCUACGUCUAGGCCCCAUCCCGGCCGACGAGGCCAGCGCCGUCCAGAACUACGUGGAGCACAUGCUCUUUCUACUGAUGGAGGAAGAGGCGGGCCAAGGGGGAGCGAUGGGUCCGAUCCUGGAGUUUGUGGUCCUUGAGGGUGUGAUGGAGAGGCUGUUUCUGUGGAGUCUGAGGAGGCAGUUCACUGAGGACAUGAAGCUAGAGCAACUCAGGAUGUACCAGAUGCUUUUGUCUCAGGCCAAACAGCCUCUGCUUCACCAUAAACCGGUUCUGCGGCCGCUAAUGAUGCUGCUCGCCUCCUGCGCCGGAGCUGCAUCUGACACCGGCGGCGUGGUGGAGGCGGAGCUAGUCCUCCUGCUGAACCAGCUCUGCGUGGCUCUGGUCAAGGAUCCCUCAGUGCUCGAACUGUUCUUCCACACCAGCGAGGACCAGGGAGCUGCCAACUUCCUUCUCUUCUCCCUGCUCAUCCCGUAUACACACAGGCAGGGAUUGGUAGGUCAACAGGCCCGAGAUGCUCUGCUGCUCAUCAUGUCUCUGUCUGCCUCUGAGCCUCGAGUCGCUCAGCACAUUGCAGAGAACACAUACUUCUGUCCUGUGCUGGCCACGGGUCUGUCCGGUCUGUACUCGUCUCUUCCGGCUCGGCUGCAGGUUUACAGCGAGGACUGGCACUCUCUGGACCAGGCGGACUGGCAGCAGCAGGUUCCUGCUCUGGUCCACUUUUUGCACUCUCUGGACUUUUGUAGUGCUGUUACCAAGGUGGCUCAUCCGUCCAUCCGCUCCCAGCUGCUUGGUUACAUCUACAAUGGCUUCCUUGUGCCUGUACUUGCUCCGGCUCUGCACAAGCUGACGGUGGAGGAAGUGAUGACUACCACAGCAUACUUGGACCUGUUCCUGCGCUCCAUCUCUGAGCCCGCCCUCCUCCAGACCUUCCUCUCCUUCAUCCUGCUGCACACACAUGACAACGUUCACAUCCUGGACACACUGGUCAGCAGGGUCAACACACCUUUCCAGUUGGGCACGGUGUCGCUGGCUCUGUUCAGGACUCUGAUUGGGCUCUUCUGUGAAGAUGUCAUGCUGCAGCUGGUCUUCAGGUAUUUGAUUCCCUGCAGCCACCUGAGCAGGAAGCAGCGCUGCUUCUUGAAGCAGAGGGACUGUUACUCCUCCAGUGCUGCCUCCUUCCUACUGCUGAUGCCCUCCUGGUGCCCUCUGCAGCUCCAAAACUCACUCACACACUCAGAGCACAUCCACUGGCCCAAAGGAACCGAUCUGUCAGUGUCAGACAGCGUUGGUUACUGUCGUGGUUCAGACUUCCUGAUGGAUGUAAACUACCUCCAUUACCUCUGGGAUGCCCGUCAGGCUAUCUCCACUGCCCACAGGUCUUGCCGUUUAUGGUCGGCUUCUUAUGAUGGCAUCAAUCCUCCACUUCAAGAGUAUCGAUCUGAUACACCUGGUAACAACAUGGAAGAUGAGGAAGAGUUCAUGCAGCGCGUCAAGAGCGACUCCAUCUGCUCACUGGUUAUCAGUCCUCCGCCCUCUGCCCUCUCCCCUACACCAUCCUCUUUAGAUAACAGCCAAGCGGGCAGAGCCAGCUCCGCCCUUGAACUGGAGUGGGAUGACAUUUUUGCAGAUGACAAUCCCUUGCCUUCAGCUGUGGUAAACGUGGUGCUGGCGAAUGGGGAUGUAUCAUUGGAGGCAGAUACAUGCACAUUUCCGCCAGCACCUCCCCCACUGCCUCCUCGACACAUCCAGGAAAUGCGGCGCAAUGCAACCAAGCUGGUGCGCGGCUCUUAUGUUGAAGAAUCCGAGUUUCAGGAUGACGUUCUUGUCUAUGAUCUCAUUGCUAAAAAGGACGCAAAGGCAGCCAUUUUGGAUCGGAUCAUGCUGGCAAAUCGCCAAUCCCGUGGGAGCAUCUCGAAAGGACAGCGAGUUUCAGCAACAGCGACAACAUUAACAACGAUGUUAACAACAACAGGAAGGACGGUUCUGGAAACUGUAAACAGCAUUAUGUCGGCGAGGAGGAGGAGCGAGGAUGCAGGAAAAGAGGAAAGAAGAAGGAGUGAGGACUGUGAAAAGGAGAUAGGGAGAACAAAGGAAGGAGAAGAAGAAGAAACCAAAAGGAUAUUUGGACACAGAAGGUCACUGGGAGAUCAGCUCUUUACCAAUGGCUUUAAUGUAAACAAUGACAUUAUCGACGAAUGUGAUGAUGCAGAUGAUGAUAUAUACAUUACAGCUCGUGUCAGCCAUACACCUGGAGCACAUCAGCAACAUGUACAUGAAAGCAUACAGUCACCCUCAACAUGUUUAGUAAGAAACACUUUAACCAAUGGCCAUCAUGGAUCUGAAUCAUUUGACCGUCCCAUAUCUCCAAGCCUGCCUGACGACAACACAAACAACAAUGACUUCCUGUCCCAAUACUGUGAGCUCAUGCUGUCAUUAGGGGUAGAACCAGACUAUGAGGACAUCACAGAGGAUAUUGACACAUUCAGGAAGCGUGUCCAAGUGCUAAGGCAAAGACUUGAAGAGGACGAGGAAGAGCUUUGCACUGACUUUGGUUUUAGCUCCUUUGGGGAUGACGUUGGGGCAGAAGAAGAGGAAGAGGUGAUGCGAGAGGAAGAAGAAGCGGAGAAGAUCAGGAGCGACACAAAGAAAGGCGGCAGGAGACAUCAAAUUCCAUUUACAGGUCCAUUCAUCAGUGUGCUCUUGUCUCGGCUGGAGAACCUUCUUGAAAACUCUAUUGCUGUAAACCUGCUUGUGACAGGCAUCCUGGCCCAGUUGGCAUCGUACCCACAACCUCUCCUGAGAUCCUUCCUGCUCAGCACAGACACACAAAACCAGCCUAACGUUCGCACACUUUACCAGGUGCUGGUGUCGCUGCAUGCUCAGAUAGAGCGCUAUGUGAUGGCCAGACCAGACUAUCCUGCUCUAGUCACUCAGGCCUGGAGGUUCUUGUUGGCAAAAGACCAAGAUGGCAAAUUCAGAGAGUGCCUCCAGUCUCAGGGCGGUGACAUCAUCCUGGAUCCAUCGCUUCCCAAUGGCUCUGUGAAGAACGCUCUGCCUUUGCCUCCUUUCAGUGUCUUGCCCCCCUGUCCUACUAUUUCCCCUCAAGCCAAGAGCCGAGUCUUUGCCAUUAUCCUGUACGCUGAGUUCCUGAAGGAGUUGGCUGCCUUGGCUCAGGAGCACAGCAUUGCCUUGGACUGUUAUUCUGAGGAGUAACAAAUGCAAACCCCUAGUUCAACUGUAAAAAUCUUCCUCCCAGAUUGCUGCUGAUAAGAUCAAGGAUAUGUUGUGACCACCAGCAAAAGACUGAGCUCAAGGAGAAAACAUGUAGCAUGAACUACUUUCCUCAUCGAGGAUUAAUAUAAGCGAAUAAUUUAAGUAGUAUAAAUAUUCAGAUGUUGUGUAUGUUCCUGGCAGCACUUGAAAAUGUUGAUGAUUUUGAAGAAUCAGUACUGAGUUUUAUAUAUUUGUGGGAUCCGUGAAAAUAGUUUUCUACCAUAUUUUCUUAAAUCUUUGCAUGGUUUUGUUGAGAUGGAAAAAGUUAGACAUGUGGUUCAAAAUGCAGAGGACCUUUUUAUUCCUCCUCCUCAGGAAGGACAAAGUGCUGCAGAAGCUGGUUGACAAUAACUCUUACCUUACAUGCACUGAAGUGACUUUGCAUCAAAUAGAUCUAAACUUUAAUUUAUUUUAUUGUGUUUUCAUAUCCAGUAAACAAUUCACUAAUAUUCAAAAUGAUUCAUUAAAACUGUUAAUGCGAGACAAUUUUUUCUUACUUUUAACACCAGCAAUUUUUUUUCUCUUAUAAAAGGAGGCAGUAAAAUUUAACCUUGCUUAUAUUCCCAACAUAUUCUUCGUUUUUUUUUUUUAACGUGUAUGGUAGUUCAAAGACAUUUCUAAACCUCAAAUAUCCAUCCAACAUCUGACAUAGCAGCUAUGAAAAUAAAAAAUGGACAGAGCUUCAGAGUCUGAAGUUAAAGCAGACCUGUCUUAAAUCUACAUUCUUUUUACUGACCACCAGGGGGCGGUGCAUGUGGUUGCAAAAGGAUUUCUGCUCCUAAAGAAAUCAAUGGGAAACCAGCUCUUCGCCCUUAUUUCACUAAACACUUCCUAAUGAAUUUAUAAGCUCAUUCACUAAUUUGUUGUGAUAACGAGUAAAGCAGUAAGUUCCUUUUGCAAAUGAUUAUUAUUAUGCUCAGAAAAGAUGAUUAUGGAUGUUAGUUUGCUCAUUUACUAAUGACUAGUCAUUAUUUAAAGAGUAUGUGAUGUUCCUUGGUUUUAUAGUCAUAGUCACAUCCACACCUUUGGUUCCUGUGAUUAAUUAUAAAACCCUGAAACAUUGACUUUGAGGCUUCGCAAACUGAUGGGCAAAGUCACAGUGCCUACAUUUAUCUUUUAUACCAUCUGUGGUUUGUCAGGGACAAACCCUCAUCUUGAAUCAGAGACACAGAUGUCAUAAAAGACGAGUGCAGACAAUGUGGUCUGUAAAGUCCCAGCCUUGACCUGACUGUAUGUACUGUCAUCAUCUGAGUGUUUUUCAAACUGUAUGUGAUAAACGAGGGGUGGAUCUGACUGAGAAAGAGUCAACCUGUCAACAGGUCAAUCAUAAAAUGCACUUCAUCUUCCAUUCAGUAUGACCUGAUGACCAACGAUUGUGACAAAGUCAUCAGGGAAGUGUUCCCAAGGUUACAGAGCAAGGAAGCCUUUCCCAUAGAUGUAUAUGCAACCAGUUGUCUGAAGGAACUGCCUAGUGUGUCACCACAACAAGAAAAAUGGAAGAGAAGGUUAAAGGAUGGUAGAAGUUUUACUUGUUUUUUUUAGUGAGGUUUUGCUAAACCUGAUCAUGAGUAAAAAUGAAAGUUAUUUCAACUACUGUAUGUCAAGAUUAAAGGCCUCACACAGGAUGGAAAUCCCAGGCAGGAAAGUGUAGCUCAUGAGAGAGAUUAUAUCAGAUUUUUUACUUCCUGAUGACACUUCUCUAUAGCACGAUCAGUUGCACUUCAUAGCAUAGCGGAAAAUAAGGCUGUAGUGUUAAAAUAAAUAGAUGUUUCAUCAGUACUGUCUUUAUUAUUCUCAUUAGGGUCCUAAAUAUCAGUACUAAUAUACAAGGCACUGAGUGUUGUGAGAUUAAGCACCUUAUUUGUCCUUACUGUUGUUUUAUUGCUGUUUGUAUUUACCAGACUGGCUCAUGUGCCUGACAAAGCCAUUCUAGGUGUACAGUAGUUCAUUUUUUGCUUAUGUGUAUUUUUUGAACAUUUUGAACCAGAUGGAGGAAAUUUUAAUGCUGAAAUUCAAACAAAGUGAGUGACAAUCCUUGAAACAGUAUCUAAGGUGUCAGGUUGCUCUGAUCAGUUGUGUCUUCCUGUUUAUGUGUUUUUGCUGCUGUCUUCAUAUGCAAACGAACACACAGGUAAAGUAUCAAAAGCCUUACUUCAGCUGACUAAAAUAUUAGUGCAAUAUAUAAUGAUGCAAAGUCAGUGGAUUUUGAUUUCCCAUGCAGAUAUCAGAUGUUAUUGUUUCUUUUAAACCUCUGUGAAUAUGUUUUGUUGUUGUUAAUAUAACAUUUUAAACUUCAUGUUUGUCUUUAAGGUGAAAUUUUUCCACGUUGUGAUGCUCCUGUGCUUUUGUCUUUGCUGUGUUGUUUGGGUUUGG